AGUCACCUUCUGACUCUCCAGCAAGUAUCAGGAUGAGUUACGUCGCUAAGGGUGAAAAGGAAUACGACGCGACCGGUGCCCCCGUGCCCGCCGCCAAGAUCCACAAAAUCCGUAUCACGCUCACGAGCAGCAACGUCAAGAACCUUGAGAAGUUCUCGACGGACCUGAUCAACCGGGCGAAGGACAAGCAGCUCCGUGUCAAGGGCCCCGUCCGCCUCCCCACGAAGGUUCUCAAGGUCACCACCCGCAAGUCGCCUUGCGGUGAGGGUUCCAAGACCUGGGACCGUUACGAGCUCAAGAUCCACAAGCGCUUGAUCGACCUCCACUCCUCCAGCGAGAUCGUCAAGCAGAUCACGAGCAUCAGCCUCGAGCCUGGUGUCGAGGUCGAGGUCACCAUCUCCGCCUAGACUAUUAUCAUACGUGUCCCUGUAUGUUGUAGGCUUAUACGAUCAUGCUGCCAUGAC